AGCUACACGUUUUAGUAAACUUUUUACUUCAGUUAGUUAAGAAAUCAAUGUCUGGUUGAAGGGUUGAAGCAAGAUCGUUGCAUAAGCCAUUGUCAGAAGACUCUUUACGAAAUGACCAAAACGUCCUCAACCUAUACCUCCUCGCUCAUCCAGCUACCCCCCAACGCCUUCAAUCUGCACAUCACAGUUUCCCUUCGGUUUCUAGUUGCCGAAACUGUAAGAUUUCUGUAUACUUUUGAGCAUUUUAUGGUUGUUCCAGAUUCUCUGCUUCAUGGGUCCUCCGGUGCUUAAGAUUUUGUCUUGAUUUGAUCUUUUUCUGGAUAAGUAGGCGGUUAAGUAGGCAUUUUGAAUUAAUGGGGAUGUAUUUUGAUGUGGGUUUGCUUCAUUUUUGUGGUUGAUUAAUGUUGAAAACUUGAGUACUUUGUGCGGGGUGUUCAAAAGAUGGUGAUGAUCAGUGAGUUCGAUUGGGCCACAUUUGACCAUUUCCGGCCUUUCUUCACAAGGGUUUUCUGUUUUCGUGAGAGAAUGGCAAAGGUUCAUUGUAAAAUCUUGGUAUUUCUAUCAUUGGAUGGACUUGUGGCAAUGAUCUCAUUGAUAUCCUUCCUUUCAGCCAUGGCAUUUGGAUAUAUGUAUUUAUUUCCCACUCAUAGCCCAGUCAUUCGUAGUUAUGGAAUUCCUGAGUCCAAUGUAUCUAAUGGUAGAUCAAGAUGCGAUGUUUUUAAAGGAAGGUGGAUCCAUGAUGAAAGUUAUCCUUUAUAUGAUUCCUCUAGAUGCCCAUUUGCAGAACGUGGAUUUAAUUGCUUGGCUAAUGGGCGGAAAGAUAGUGAUUAUACAAAAUGGAGGUGGAAGCCGCAGAAGUGCGAUAUUCCAAGGUUCAGUGCAGGUGCGAUUCUGGAGAAGCUUCGUGGGAAAAGAGUCGUUUUUGUAGGUGAUUCAUUGGGUAGAACACAGUGGGAGUCUUUGAUAUGUUUGCUUAUGACAGGGGUGGAGGAUAAGAGGAGUGUAUAUGAAGUCAAUGGGCAUAAGAUCACUAAACAGAUUAUGUUUUUAGGUGUACGUUUUAGUUCUUUCAAUCUUAGUAUUGACUUUUAUCGAUCAGUUUUCCUGGUACAGCCUGGUCCGGUGCCAAGGCAUGCACCGAAGAGGGUGAAGUCAACUCUGAGACUUGAUAAGUUGGAUGCUCUUAGCAAAGAGUGGAUUAAUUCUGAUGUUCUGAUCUUUAAUUCAGGACACUGGUGGACAAGGACUAAGCUCUUUGAAAUGGGCUGCUAUUUUCAGGUAGGUAAUUCGCUGAAGCUUGGAAUGCCAGUCUCUAAAGCCUUCGGGAGAGCAUUAGACACUUGGGCAUCUUGGGUAGAGACUAUGAUCAACAGAAAUAGAACAAGUGUAUUCUUUCGGACUUUCGAAUCAUCCCAUUGGAGUGGUCGAAACCGGAAUUCUUGCAAAGUGAGUAAACGCCCAUCAUUGACAUCUCAUGGGAGGGACCGAAGCCUAUUUUCUGACAUGAUAAUCAAGGUUGUGAAGAAAAUGACCACUCGUGUAACAGUUCUGCAUGUUACACCAAUGGGGGCAUUCCGGAGCGACGCGCAUUUGGGUAUUUGGAGUGACCAUCCGUCUGUGCCUGAUUGUAGCCAUUGGUGUCUACCUGGUGUGCCUGAUACAUGGAAUGAAAUUAUUUUCUCAUAUCUCCUGUCCAACAAUGGGGUAUCCUUCACUGAACAAUAGAAGUUGUGCUGACUUUCUUGUUCUUUACCCAUUUGCUAGAGAACCAAAGCGAGUUUGGGAUGGUGGUUGCUAAAUAUCUGUGCUUUAGUCCCGCUCAUAUAAGGGAAGGAGAAGGACCCAAGGAUUACCGAUUGAACCAAAAAAAUAGAGGGAAAAAAGCAGAGUUUGAGAUGAACUGCAAAUUGCAUGUCAGUAGACAGUAGCUAUGGCUGCUAGAAAUUAAAUUUGUAUAAUAACACGUAUUUGUGAAGAUCUGAAGCAUUAUUUUCAAAUGAAAGCUUCCAUAUAUUUGUAAAGGUAUCUAGCCCGUUGGUUUGAUAAUUAA